AUGGCUUCAAGCGAUGCCGAUGAAGCCCAUGUCAGCAAGGAGUCUUGCGAGCGCAGCCUCCAGGCAACAGCGUCUGAGUCUCCGCCUGAAGAUGUGCAAGAAGAGGGGAAGGACAAGGACACCCCGGAGACGAGCCAGGAGGCAGAUGACUGGUCAGCUUUGACCGACGAGCACCGCGCAGAUGCCAGGAGUAGCCCAAAGCUGCCUGCCAGUGUGGCCGAGUGGCUCCUGGAGCUCCGCGGCCGACGCCCGGGAGACACGCUUCUUUUUCCGGAGCCGCUGAACCUCGGCGACCGUGUCUUCACGUCGGCAUCCGUGGAGCGCGACUUCCGAACUGCCUCGGGAGCUCUGCUGCUGCGAAUGGAUCCAGGCGGUCACCGGUACAUCGUGAAGUUCGCAGAUGUCAGACAGGAGCAUGCGAUGAUGUCUGCGCUGAUGGAGAUGAACCGGCGCUGGAAAGAGCACCAGGUCAGUGUUUGUGGUAGAUCGGUGCAGACUGUCACUUACGAGAUCUACCCCAUCGGAUCUUCUGGUGGGCUGAUUGAGGCGGUCGACGGAUGCCGGACAUUGAGGGAACUCAAGCGACUCUGCCAUCCGGAGACCCAUCAGCGGGUAUAUCGGGCCCUUGCCGGCGAUGCCAGCAAGCUUGACACCUUGGCUGCCACCACAGUGGCAUACCUGACUGCUUGCUAUGCACUCGGUGUGAGGGACGGUCAUGACGACAACAUCAUGCUCAGGGAGGACGGAUCGCUUUUCCGCGUGGACUUCGGCUUCGUCUUUGGGGCAACGCCGGAGAUCGACACUCCACAGACCGUCGUGGCCCGUGCCGUAACCCUCGCUCUUGGAGAACGAUGGAUGGAGGUCGUGGCUGCCUGCGGGGAUUCGCUGACAGCGUUGACGGGCGACAGCUAUGGCAGCCCCCCCGCGCUGGAGUGCUUGAGCAGCGUCCCAGAGAUGGAGCCAUUUCUUCCACUGGCACGGCUCCACACAGCUUCCUUGAGCCUAGCCGGCUUCUGCCAAGAUGUGUCCUGUGCCGAUCAGUGGUCGUUCUCCCGGGCGGCGAAGAAUACGCUGCGCGAGGCCGUCCAGUUCCUACGCGAUCAGGCGGGGCUAGGCCCCGAGGCUCCCACGAGCCAGGCCAACAACAGCAAAGUUCUGGGAGACCUGGCGGUUUGGAUGGAAGCCCCAGGGACGGAAGAUGCCGAGCCCGACUUGGAGGCACAUCUGAAUUUUGUGCUCGACUCGGGUGUAGAUCUUUUGGGACUCUACCGGGCAGCUCCGGAGCGGUUUACGGCGGAUGGGAAGCCUCUCAACCUCCAAGACUUCGGGGAUCUCUUCCUGGGGCCACUGGCAGACUUCGCCGAAGUGGCGCGUGAGGGCCUGGUGCAAGAGGAGUCCAAGGCAGAACCGGACCGAACAAGGCCCUUCCCGAUACCGAAGCUUCUUCCACGAUGUCCGGAUGGUUUUCGAGCGCACUUUAAGCCCGCACCCAUGAAGCCGAUCCACGGACGCGGUUCCAAGGGGGGUGCAACAGCACCGCAUGGCUCCAAGGUGAGGAGCACGCACGAGGACCCACGGCGCAUGCAGAAGCCAUUGCAGCCGUUUCCAGUGGAUCCUCGCCCUUUGCACACCUUGCACGGCUAUUCUCCUGGGCCCGUCGGCGGCUACAGCCACCACACUGCCUUCCCAACGGCCCCGUUCGGCACACCGCCAACGGCUAACAUUUUUGGGCAGCCCUCACCAGCUUGGACUGCGAACGCCAGCCAAGCUGCUCGCCAGUCGGGACCGCUGAGCCGGGCGGAAGAGCCCGAGGUGCAGCGAGUGCAGCCCCUCCCGGCUGAUGACCCCUUCGCACGGACACCGCCGCUGUCUCCACGAGAGUCCUUUCCGCGACUACUCGAGGUGAUCUCGGCGGGAGGCCCUGCUCAGGCCUGUGCUUUCCAAGCUGCCUCACCGAGCUUUGCAGGGCACCUACCGGCCACAUCGCCGCCAGGAUCGGCACUGCUCACCGGCCUUGGCCCCUACCAGUCGGCUCGCCCCAUGAGCUGCGCUGGCCGCUCACCAGAGCCGCUGCACGCCGGUCCUCGCAGAGCGCAGGACAGGAACAUCCCGAUGUCCCAAGUUCGGGAUAAAAAAGUAGCAGCUUCACGGAGUUGGUAUGGUGCUGAAGGUGUGGAGCAUGGGUGCAGAAGCUCAAGCUAA